AUGUCUUCCUCCAAAAUAACUCAACACUUUCGUGGGACCAUUUUUCCAACUCACUUCGUUAACCGUCGAGUACUAUUCCUUCAGUCGCCGAGUCUUAUGUUGAGAAACUUGAGAUCUUAUGCAAAUUCUUCACCUUCCCCCCACACGUCUCCCGAAGAGUCUACAUCGUCUUACCUGAACAAAUUCACAAAAUACACUGUGAAACGGCUUCUGACUACUAUAUUGGCGAACAUAAUUGUAACUGGCAUUGUUGGAGUUAUAUCAGUUGAUCUCCUAUAUGCUUGGUAUCGAAAUAGAUGUAACGAACGUCUCCUCAACGAGACAGUGGAAAAAGGCACUCGACCUGGAGCGGGAAUUUCAAGUGACAAGUUUGUUCCUCGACCUGAAAUUGUAGAACGCCUUAAAAGAAUUUUUCAACCCUAUGAAGAUCAAUCGUUUUAUUACAUGGUUUGCGGUGAACAUGGAACUGGGAAAACUACUCUGACAAGGAUUGCAUCGAGUGAAGUUGGACACGGAGUUAUAUACGUUGAUAUUCCAGCGAAUUUGAAUGAAUUAGGUGAAGCUUUCGGAAAAGCCAUUAAUUUUGCAUUUGAGGAACGGAUUUCUUUUACGAAACAGCUAAUACGAAAAAUAUUAGGCGAAACUAGUGAUACACCUAAGACUUCUGAAUGGGAGAGAGCUCUAAAGGCUUUUAAACGUGCCUCUGCAGUGUACAAAGCAAAGAAUGGAAAACCACCAGUCAUUGUUUAUGAUAAUAUUAGCCGAUUGGUUCACAAAAAUCUGGAAAUCCUCGACAUCCUCCAGGACGAUGCAAAGGAUAAUGCUGAUGACAGAAAGUACAUUGCUGUAUUUGUUAGCAGUGAAGGUUCGGUGCCUAGAAGAAUGGAAU